AUGCCCUUGCUGAGCUCAUCUUCGCAAAAUUCUUCCUUAACAAAUGGAUUGUGGCAUUUAGAAGGGGUGUUUAUGGGCAUUCAGCCGUACUUAAUCGUGAUAGAUCCAGAAAUCGUAAAAGACGUUCUGAUAAAGGAUUUCCAGUAUUUCACCGACAGAGGGGUGUACCAUACAGAAAGCGACCCUCUUAGCGUCCAUCUUUUUUCUCAAGACGGUUCAACGUGGAAAAAUGCUAGAAUUAAGUUCACAUCGGUGUUCACUUCCGCGAAGAUGAAGGCGAUGUUCGAAACCGUACUGAAUUGCACCGAGGGACUGAAGAGCGCCCUGGAGGAAAGUGCGGAGCAAAUGAGUGACGUUGACAUCUUGGAAGUGGCAGCGCGCUACACCACGGAUAGCAUUGGAUCCUGCGCUUUUGGCAUCGAAUGCAACAGCUUCAAACACCCCGACCCCGAAUUUCGCCGGAUGGGUCGCAAGGUGCUCGAUGAAUUCAAUCUCAUGGAUAGACUGAACCUCUUCAUGUCCAUUUACGCCCCCAAAAUAUCUCAAAAGAUAGGCGUCAGGUCUGUGCAGAAAGAAGUAUCUAAAUUCUUCUUGAAAAGCGUCAGCGAUACGGUCAACUACAGAGAAAAGAACAACGUUAGAAGAAAGGAUCUGCUGCAGAUGCUGAUAGACAUAAGGAAUUCCGGCGAUAGUCUAAGCAUGAACGAAUUGGUGGCGCAGGUGUUUUUGUUUUUUAUUGCGGGAUUCGAGACUUCUUCGAUGACGACGAGCAUGACCUUAUUUGAGCUCAGCAAUAAUCAGAAGUUACAGGAGAAACUCCGCCGAGAGAUACUUGAAGUGUUGAAGAAGCACGACAACAAAAUCACCUACGACGCCGUAGCUGAAAUGAAGUAUCUCGGACAAGCCAUUGACGAAACUCUGCGUGUAUGGCCAUCCCUUUCAACGCUAACCAGGGUAUGUACCAAAGACUACAAAUUAAAAAACUCUGACGUUACGGUAGACAAGGGGACUCCUUUAAUGAUUUCCGUUAGUGGGUUACACCACGAUCCCGAAUACUGGCCUGAUCCGGAUCGAUGGGAUCCUGAUCGGUUCAGUGAAGAGAACAAGCAGAACAGACAACUGUUGACGUUCCUACCUUUUGGCGACGGCCCUAGGAAUUGCAUAGGAUUGCGUUUCGGACUCCUACAGACGAAAGUCGCUUUGAUAACGACGCUCACCAAAUACAGGGUCACCUUGAGUCCCAAAACCAUCACACCUCUGGGCAGGGACCCAGAAACAUUCGUCCUUACCACUAAGAACAGGAUAUAUCUGCAUUUUGAAAAGAUUUAGCGGACCCUGCAAAGCAAAACUACACACAAUUUACAUCCUACGAGUGAAAAGGGUACUAUUACUAAAUCAUAAUUUGAUAUUUGCUAGGAAGAGGUACAAAAAUAGGAAGGAAUAAUAAACCCAAAGCUAUGUUACAUUUACACUCGUGUUUGUUAAUAAAAAUAAAAUUAUCUGCUUGGA